UUUCUAUAUAAAUAUACGGUUCUGGCCGAGAACAGUGUAGGUAUGAUAAACCCUUACCAAACUUCUCCAAAACGUCUUCAAUACUGCUUUAGAACCAACAUUUCCAGGAACACUCCUUUUGAACUGUACUGUCAUAAUAACGAAAUUUACUUUUAUUUUUAAAAGGAACACCCCAUAUUCAUUGGGGAUUGCGAUUGCUCAAAUAACAUAUUGCUCAAUGUAGAUAUGUACAUAUGUAUACAUAUUGUAUAUAUGUAUGCAUACAUAUAUAUUGUAUGUAUGUAUUGCUUUAGAUACUUAAGUGGUCAUUGACAUUUUUUGCACUUAUGCAAGUUAAGAUCUUGAUCCACAUAGAUUCGUUAUCUAGCGCUAAAAUCUUUGACCUCUCGCCUCAAGUGAUUGUCUAUGACGGGCACCCCUGCGUGGAUAGAGAUAAGACCAACUUUUAUUGAAUUUUAAUUGCUCGAUGUGAUGCAAUUGAUAUCGAAAAUCGUGAAUCACAUAAAUGCUUUACGAUAAAUUGGAUAUAAAAGCCCGAUGUAACAACAGUAAUGGCAGUCGAAAAGUUGGGAACCCACUCAAAAGUAUUUGCAGAAAAUAAUACGCUUAAACACUUAGCAUGCUUCUUUAUUAUAUUACACUGCUAGGAUUGUUUGUAGUCAUUACGAAUGGUGCAAUGUCCACCAAUCGAUUGUAUUCAUUGGAUGGACGUAUCGUUGGCGGUGAAAGUACUAACAUAAAAAAGCACCCAUAUCAGGUUUCGGUUCUCCAAUACGGUUCACAUAUCUGUGGUGGUUCAAUAUUGCAUACUGGUAACAAUAAAACCGCUGGAUUUUUUGUGAUCACAGCUGCACAUUGUGUUAUACCCUCCAAGCCACAAAAUUACGCUGUAAAAUUCGGAAUAUCAUUGCUAAAUCAACUCAGUCAAAUGGCGCUCGUCGAUAUCAUUGUACGCCAUAAGGACUACAACCCAAUCACCUCAGACUAUGAUAUUGCCUUAAUUAAGCUACAAAAUCAAAUUCCGUUCAGUACCACGGCACAACCGAUACGCAUGUCCAGCGCAGUUCCGAAGGUUGAUACAGCUGCUGUUGUCACCGGUUGGGGUAGCACAAGUGAGAAUGGACCAUUAGCGCUCACGUUGCAAGCAGUCACUGUGAAGGUGGUGGAUACUAAUGAAUGUACAAAACAGUAUGCGUCAUAUGGUGGUAUAACGGAGCGCAUGUUAUGUGCUGGUGUGCCUAAAGGUGGUAAGGACUCAUGUCAGGGUGACUCUGGUGGACCAUUGGUGGCUGAUGGGGUACAAAUCGGUAUUGUUUCUUGGGGUGUUGGUUGUGCCAAACCCAAUUUUCCAGGUGUUUACAGCAAUGUGUCAAAUUUAUAUUCCUGGAUACACAAAAAUGUUAAAAAACUGGAAGCCGCAUAGCGUAGUAUAAUAAAAAAAAAUUAUAGGAUAAAAAUAAUUUUUUAAUGGUUUGGAUAGUAGUUUGACUGAGUAAACUCGCUCAUGGUGCCGAUCUCUGUACGAACCUCCUUGUAUCAAUAAUGGUAUUAUUUUUAAGUUUUCAUACUCUUUAGUGUCAUUUAACUAUAUGGUAAAGUUUCUCUUUUGGCACGUGGAUGAUCGAAAUUGUUCAUUGGAACUAACGAAUAUGACAAACGAUCCCAUCGAACUAAUGCAACGGCUCAACUUCAUUCAUUCAAACUGCCAAUCAAUUAAUAUACUUAGAAGUAACUGAUGAGAGGGCCUAUAGUGAGCUUGGCGUACAAGAUGAGUCUCAUAUGCUCUGAAAAUAGCAAACGGAUACAAAUUUUCGAAAACUUCCAUACGGAAUGUUAAGCAGAAUUUAUUAUUUUUAUUUUUAAUAACUCCUUCACCAAAAAACUGGCAUAAAUAAUAAUAAAAAAUGUUAAAACGUAUUUAUCACAAAAUAUUAAUAUUAAUAAUAUAGUAUUGAUGUGUAAUAUAUGAAGUAAAUAUAUAUAUGAUAUUUAAAUUA